GUACCGAUCACACCCCCAGCCCCGAACCGCCCCUUCCCUCGCUGGGAACGUGGGGGGAGCUCUCUGUGGAGAGUGGGGAGGGGUGACCAUGGGGGUCCGCACGCGGCCGGGGGAGGGCGGGGGCCGGGCCGGGGGGAAGGGAAGGGAAGGGGAGCGGGCGGGCUCCGCGCGCGCUGCCUGAGGGGAGGCGGCGGCGGCGGCGGCGCGCGCGGGCAACGGCGGUGCGGGAGAGAGAGCCCCGGGCGGUGCGGGAGACGAGGAGGAGGAGAGGAGGAAAGGAGGAGGAAAGGAGGAGCCGCCGCCUCGCUCUCUCCUCUUGGCUGCAGCGUGAGCAGCACUGAUCCAAAGGACCUUGUUGCUUGUGGAAAAGCUCCCAGGAACUUCACUACAGCCUGGACCUGCUCUUUAGGCCUGCCUGCUGCACAGCAGCUCGUGCUUACGUUUGUAGUGUUUGGAUGCACCCUUCAUCAUCGUGCUCCUGAAGGUGGAUUUGCAGUGAGGCUCAGACUCCAGUAUUGAACUUGUGCACGUUCACUGUGAGUUUGCUCUAGGCUGUAUGGUCGCACCCUGGCAAUGGGAUGUCAGUCCCAUUCAGGGAGCAUAAAGGAAGAGAGGAGCUCUCCCGGUUGCUGCCGCAGUGACAGCGAGUGAGAAGCCAGCAGGAAGAUGUCAGGGGUGACAUCAGCCAUCCAGGCUCCUCAGGGCCCUGCCAACCCCCCUCCUCCAGAGGUCACCAACCCCAGCAAGCCCGGCCGCAAGACCAACCAGCUGCAGUACAUGCAGAAUGUUGUGGUCAAGACCUUGUGGAAGCAUCAGUUUGCUUGGCCUUUCUACCAGCCUGUGGAUGCAAUUAAACUGAAUUUGCCAGAUUAUCACAAAAUAAUAAAAAACCCCAUGGACAUGGGCACGAUCAAGAAGCGCCUGGAGCACAACUAUUACUGGAGUGCCAGUGAAUGUAUGCAGGAUUUCAACACCAUGUUUACAAACUGUUACAUUUACAACAAGCCCACAGAUGACAUUGUCCUCAUGGCCCAAGCCCUGGAGAAGAUAUUUCUGCAGAAGGUUGCCCAGAUGCCUCAGGAGGAGGUGGAAUUGCUGCCCCCAGUUCCUAAAGGCAAAGGUCGCAAGCCCUCGGCAGGCAGCCAGAGCACAGGAGCUCAGCAAGCCGUGGCCGUGUCCUCCGUGUCCCCGCCGGCCCCGUUCCAGCCCGUCCCCGCAGCCGUGUCCCAGACUCCCGUCAUCGCCGCCACGCCCGUGCCAACCAUCACCGCGCCCGUCCCGCCCGCCGCGCCCGCGCCGCCCGCCGCGCCGCUGCUGCCCGUGCUGCCGCCCGCGCCCCCCGUGGUCAAGAAAAAGGGAGUGAAGAGGAAAGCAGACACCACCACCCCCACCACCUCUGCCAUCACUGCCAGCAGGAGCGAGUCCCCCACGGCGCUGUCGGACCCCAAACAGGCCAAAAUCAUCGGGCGCAGGGAGAGCGGCGGCCGCCCCAUCAAACCACCAAAGAAGGACCUGGAGGAUGGAGAGGUGCCCCAGCACGCAGGGAAGAAGGGCAAACUCUCUGAGCACCUCAAGUACUGUGACAGCAUCCUCAAGGAGAUGCUCUCCAAGAAGCACGCAGCCUAUGCAUGGCCCUUUUACAAGCCCGUGGAUGCAGAGGCCUUGGAAUUACAUGACUAUCACGAUAUUAUCAAACACCCCAUGGAUCUCAGUACUGUGAAAAAGAAAAUGGACAGUCGGGAGUACCAGGAUGCACAAGGUUUUGCAGCAGAUAUUCGGUUAAUGUUCUCUAAUUGUUACAAGUACAAUCCUCCAGACCACGAGGUGGUGGCCAUGGCCAGGAAGCUCCAGGAUGUCUUUGAGAUGAGGUUUGCAAAAAUGCCUGAUGAGCCUGCAGAGGCCCCCCCUCCACCUCCCCCAACAGCCCCAGUGGUGAGCAAAAGCACAGAGAGCAGCCACAGCAGCGAGGAGAGCUCCUCUGACUCAGACAGCUCCGACUCCGAGGAGGAGCGGGCGACUCGGCUGGCCGAGCUCCAGGAGCAGCUGAAAGCCGUCCAUGAGCAGCUGGCUGCACUGUCCCAAGCGCCAGUCAACAAACCAAAGAAAAAAAAAGAGAAGAAGGAGAAAGAGAAGAAAAAGAAAGAUAAAGAGAAGGAGAAAGAAAAGCACAAAGUCAAAGCUGAGGAGGACAAGAAACCCAAGGUGGCUCAACCACCCAAACAAACCCAACAGAAGAAAGCCCCAGCUAAGAAAGCGAACAGCACAACCACAGCUAACAGGCAGCCCAAGAAAGGAGGCAAACAGGCAUCUGCAAGCUACGACUCGGAUGAGGAGGAGGAAGGGCUGCCCAUGACCUACGAUGAGAAGCGACAGCUCAGCCUGGACAUCAACCGGCUGCCCGGGGAGAAGCUGGGCAGGGUGGUUCACAUCAUCCAGUCCCGGGAGCCUUCCCUCAGAGACUCCAAUCCCGACGAGAUUGAAAUAGAUUUUGAAACCUUGAAGCCCACAACCUUACGAGAACUGGAGAGAUACGUGAAAUCUUGUUUACAGAAAAAACAAAGGAAACCGUUUUCUGCCAGUGGCAAAAAGCAAGCAGCAAAGUCAAAAGAAGAGUUAGCUCAGGAAAAGAAGAAAGAACUAGAAAAACGGUUACAGGACGUCAGUGGGCAGCUAAACAACAACAAGAAGCCUGCAAAGAAAGAGAAAUCCAGCUCCACUCCCUCUGGAGGCCCCUCCCGGCUCAGCAGCAGCUCCUCCUCCGAGUCGGGGAGCAGCAGCUCCAGCGGCUCCAGCUCGGACAGCAGCGACUCGGAAUGAGCUGGACACACGGACACACCCCCAAACGGACACCCCCUGCUCCCCUCCCCUCCUUCACCCCUGCCCUCAGGCCACGGUGGUCAGGUUUUAUCCCUUCUCUCUUUUUCUCUGACUUGUUUUUUUUUUAUUUUAUUUUUUAACUCAGUGUUACAAAAGGUAUCUUCCAUUUUUUUUUUUUUUUUUGGGGGGGUGGCUCUCUUUUAAUAGGUCAAAGAUCUUUGAGUGUGUGUGUGUGACUAGACUUUAUGACAAAUAGUUCCCUUUGCAUAAAGUCUCUAAAUUUUACAUUUAUCUGGAGAAAAUUGGUCGAAAAUGGAAGAACUUUGAGCUCUUAGCAGGAGAUACAUAGAAAAUUCUGCAAGGUUUGUAGUACAUUUCCCUCCCAGCCCUCCCCUCUCCCCAGAAUAUUCUCUUUUAAUAAGCCUGCCUGGCUCACACAAGGUAAAAACCAUCUUUUUUUAAAGAAAUCUCUGUAAAAUGGUACUGUAUCUGAAAGAUGUUAGCUUUUGAACUAGUUGGUGUAUUUGUUAUUAGCACUAGUAUUCUUAAUCUCCAAGUCUACAGUGUGAUGAAAAUGUCAGAUGCUAUCAUCUUUUUACAUAAAAGCAACAAAAAAAAUCCAAAAAAAUUCUCAUGUACUGUGGAUUGCUAACAUGCUUUUUUUUUUUUUAAUCUUGGUAGAGGCAUAGACAGCUGUUCAGGAAGGUCUUGAAGCAUGAAUUUAACUUUUAAGCACACAAGCAAUAGAAGUGGUUGCAUUUCUUGGUUUUCCACUCAAAAGCUUCACUUUUCCUGGGCAUUCAUUGGGAAGAAGGGAGCAAGGGACACACUCAAGUUUCUUGGGAAUGUUGUUUUUACCAUGAAAUAGAUCAUUCCCAGGAAAUGGACGCUCUCUAUGAAAGUUUUCACGGAAUUGCAAAGAGGUUUUUUGGCUGGAAGUUGUCAGCUGGAGCCUGGAGUGAUCCCUGCAGUGAGCAGGACAAGUCAUGUGCCCAUGACUGGGCACAUCUUGGGGAUUUUCUCCAUGACAAACAUCCCAGUCUGGGCUUAAAAUAAAGCAGCACUUGAGCUCCAGCUGAGGCUGAGCUGGCAGGGGAAGUGGAGAGGGGUUUGUGUGUGUUUGGGCUUUUUUGCUUUUGAGUUUGCUUUGUGGUUUUCUCCCUUCUCCUCAUUCUGGUAAGAGCUCCUAGAAAAGGGAUGCUCCUCCUGUCAAGUUCCAGGCACUGAAAUGUUUUACCUCAAUGAAAAGAAGAAAGAGAGGAGGGAGAGGAAAAAAAAAAAAAAAAGAAAAAAAAAAAAGCUGAUUUUUUUAAAGCUUGCUGUUUUUUCAAUCCAGCCUAGCACUGCUGCAAUACACCCUGGUUUCAGUGUCCCUAAUUUCAUGUAUAUACCAUGGCUUUAUUUAUUAAACACCAUUGGUCAUUUAAAAUGUAAUAAAACCUGACAAAAGCAAAGCUGGGGUUCUGCAGGCCAGCAGACAGGCAGACUUUUAAUGAGGUUUGAACCAGAUUAAAAAAAAAAAACAACAACAAUGAAGCAAAUAAAAAUCCACAACUUUAUUUAUAUACCUUGGACUUUCUGCCUACAGGUGCUACAGUCCAGUCUCUUGUGUGUCUGGUGCUCUGUCAUGUUUGGUGUGUUCAUUUUUAGGUUUUUGUUCCUCUUCUUUUCACCCCAGCCUCCUUUUUUCCUGUUUUGUACAGAUUUUAGAGACAUACACUUCAAUACAACUUCAUUUUCUCAGUGGUCUUUUUCUCCCCCCCUCUUUUUUUGUUUUCUAAUCCAAUUUUAGGAAAACACCAGUUCUAUAAUUAUAUCAAAUUUGUAACCUGAGGGGCAGAAGUUUUAUUGUAAAUUCUUUUUAUUGUAAAGAAGAAAAAAAUAUACAGGGUUUAACAGAAAGUUCUGCCUUUCCAUCUCCAGCACCAGCCCCUAAAACUGCCUCUAUUUUGUGGGAUAACCCUAAAAUUCACCUUCCUGUGCUCUCCCAGUGGUGCAAAUUGCUCCAGGUUUUAUUUUCCCUGCAGGUGAGUGGCCCUGGACCCCCUCAAGGCCAGCCCAUGAUUUCCUUUGCACACUCAGCCUCAGGAGAUGCUGUGCUGGCAAUUUGGGAAUCACUGCCUGCUUUAGCAUUCCAAGGUUUGCACUUCCAGCUGCCCCCAUGCUCAGAGAUUCUUUCCCACAGCAUUUGAAAGAAAAAUAUUCUGAUUUUUACUGAAAUUCGUGAUUUUUCUUUUUCAUUAACAAUGGAGUUCAGUUCUGAUUUUUUUUUAUUGUUUUUAUUUUAAAUUCUGCCCUUACAAAACCUUCCCCCAGACAGAUCCCUGGUAAUAUAUUUUCAGAAUUUACUAUGAGGAAAUGUAAUAUUCACCUAAUUAAGAGCUUGGGGUUUUUUUUAACGGGGUUGGGUUUCACCUGUGUUUCUCCUGUUGCCUGCCACUUGAAUGAUGAAAACCAAGGAAUAUUUUAAGGAAUAAUUGCAACCAAUUCACUGCCAUGGCAUUUGGAUAAACAAACUCCCACUUUUCCCUUCCUGGGACCUUUUCCUGCGUGCUUGACCCUGAGCUGUGGUGGUGGCUUCUGUGAGGAGGACAAACUGGAGGUGACAGCAUCACUGCCACAAAAAUCCUGGGAAUUUCAGCUCUGUCACCAUCCUCUGACAUCAGGAGCAGCCUCUGGAGCACACAGACAUCCCUCUAGGAGCCACAGGCUGUCCCACCAAAAUGAAUUGGGAAAGUUGAAGCCAGAGGGGUGAGAGCCAACCAAGAAGUGAUGGGGAAAGCUCUGGAGGAGGAUCCCUGUCUGAGCUGGAAAACCAUCCCAGCCUGGGGAUUUUCAACCUGCCAAGGCCACCCCGGAAUGGGCAGAACCUCCUGCACAUCUUUGAUCCACCAGCUGCAACUUGGGCUUCCACUUACUGGGAAACUCUGCAUGGGAAGUGAGGUGUUCCCAAGGAAAUGGAGCAAGGAGAAAUCCAUUUUGGCCACGACCAAGGGAAGGAAUUGAUGACUCCUCACUUCCAAAUGUUGUCCUUGCACUUUUCCACUCCCAGCUUCUUUGUGCUCAUAUCCCCACCACGUCCAUGGGGGUGCCUCUUGUCCAUCCUGAGUUUCUCCAGGAAAGAAAAGAUGUUUCCAGUCCAGAGUAAGUAGCAGCAGUCCUAAAUGAGUUGGGAACUGAACCAACAGAGCAUUUAUUUAACUUGGUUUUUUUUGCAUGACACAUUCAGUGCAGAUGUCACGGAAUAACUUCGGAACGAUCAAACACACAACGUUUGAAAGAACAUUUUUAAACUUAAGAAUAAAAGAAAAAAAAAAAUUAAAAAUUUUUAUGGUAGAAUUUUUCUUGAAUGAACAAAGUUUAACUUUGUUUUCCAGGGGAAACUUCACUGAAAUCAGUAUGAUUUCAUAUGUAUGCAUACACACAGAGUUUUAUUGAAACUGCUUUUUUCGGAUGAAUUCCUGUUUUGACAAAAUAUCUGACCAGACCUUUCUCAAUCAACCAGCAUUACUGCACCUUUGAAAAAACUUUGUGAACCUUUUCUGUGAUUGUAAACUCAGCCUGUCUCGUGGCUCAGUGGGACCAGAGGGAGAUCCCCAUCCCAGCGCCCGAAGGAAUCUCGGCUCUGCACACCCAACACAACAAAGUCAUUUCAGUUCUGUACUGUGUGGUUUGAACCUUGCCUACCCCAGGGUCUGGAAGUGUAGGAGUGAUGGCUCAGGGCUGACCCCAAACACACACAAACAUCAUUUCUGUGUGUGCCAAUCCACAGCUGAGUUCCCCUGAGCUCUUCCCUGCUCUCCAUGUGCUAGAAGCAGACUGCAGUUACCUAAUCUUGUUCUUUCUCUGCUUUGGGGACUUCUAGACCAGUUCUUAAUUUUGUUUUUUUUCCUUGUUUUGAAAGGAAUGAUGGUUUUUUUUUUUUAAAGCUGGGGUUGGAGCUGAGGGGAAGGGAUAGGGGCAUGACAAAGACAAACCACAACCUUUUUAGUACUGGAUUUUAAAUUCUCAGUCUCUUCUCAACCCUGAGCAGUUACCACUAGGGCUAACUGUGGGCAGGCUCUGCAUCAGUAAAGAGAAAUUUAGAAUUCCUUACACAGCAGCAUUAUCUUGCUUGAGCUGCAUUUUGUAAAGAAAAUGGUAUUUGCAUAUCUUUUUAAAAUGUCAUUUUUAAAAAAUAAAUUAAACCACCAGCUAGGAUUUGACACAGGCCACUUAGAACACAGCCCUGAUACUGGCAUAACCAAUCCAGAAAGAUUUGUUGUUGUAUUUUUUGGUUUAUUAUUUUGGGGUUUUUUUAAUAUUUAAAAAAAAAAAAAGAAAUUGUUACUUUUCUGUAUGAUGUGCAUGCAAAUUUACCGUAACUCUUUUUCUUAAAACUUUUUAGUGCCAUUUCUAGUAUAUUCCUGUAAAUGUCAGUUAUUGAAAAGAAAUGAGUCAAUGUAAGUAGUUUAGCUUGUUUAUUGCAAAUUGCUGGCCUCAAACAAAACAGAAUUUAAAAAAAGUUAGAAAGUAAUCUUUGAUGUUACUGGUAAUCACGGACCCUGGUCCUGGGGCAUUCGUUUUGUUUUCAUAAUAAAAAGAAAAAUUGUUUGGUGUGUGGAGUUUGA